AUGAACGGCCCUCAGGCUUCCUUAAACAGCGCGUCUAGAUGGCAUGGUUUAGUUCCAACCACAGAAAACCUCAACCUGCUACUAGAGGUUAAUCUUUCGUCUUUUUCGGAAUCCCAGCAUACUUACAACGACUCGGACAAUUUAUCAGAUGAUCCUUUUGGUUCGCAAGAUCUCGUUGGCAUAUGUGAGCCUUCUGAUGCUCCUCUAGAAUCAGUUCAAGAUGAGAAGCCCAAGAUCAAGAAAGAAUUUCCUUCAUCUCCGCUUUUUGUCACCGCCAACUCCCUGCCACAAGUUCUGCCGGUAAAGAGCUCUCAGCUAAAUUCUGGUAGUAGGCCUGACCAUCAUUCCUCGCUCCUAGGGUCUCCUCAACGCAAACGGCUCAAACCAGAUCUGCAAACGCGUUGCUACAGCACAAAUGCUGAACUUCCAGCUCCCGAGACUCUUGAAAGCAGAAACGAACCCCGGGUUGAGCUCUUUCAAACUGGGCCACCCAGAAGAUCAAUAAAGGGAUUCUCGAAUCCCACGAUUCAACUAGCCACCCAAAAACCACUAGCGCCUUGGGAGCAGGAGCUCUUGGGUACUCAGGAUAAGUUUGCGGGCAGAGCCAAGAGUGUCACCCCAUUUGUUUUGUCUCGUGAACAACAAUACGUCAUGGACCUUGUUCUUCGAGGCGAGUCCCUUUUCUUUACCGGUUCGGCCGGUACAGGUAAGUCAGUCCUUCUUAAAAAGACAAUCAAAGCAUUAAAGGACAAGUAUAGACUUGGGGAAAUUGCUGUUACUGCCUCAACGGGAUUGGCUGCACAUCACAUUGGCGGCACAACAUUGCACAGUUUCAGUGGCAUUGGUUUGGGAAAUGGCACUGUGCAGCAACUUGUGAAAACCGUGAGGCGGAAUAGGAAAGCAACUCACCGAUGGAAGGAUACCAAAGUUCUCAUCAUCGAUGAAGUUUCAAUGAUCGACGGUCGUCUAUUGGAUAAGCUAAAUCAUGUCGCCAAAGAGAUUCGCAAAAAGCAUCAUCUACCGUUUGGAGGCAUCCAACUUGUUCUUUGUGGUGACUUCUUUCAGUUGCCUCCUGUCAGCAAAAUUCAAUUCAAUGAAGAUGGCUCUGAGCUUAAGGACGAAGCUCAUUUUGCAUUUGAAUCUGAGGCAUGGAAAUCUUCCAUUUCUUCAAGUAUUGUUCUAGAAGAGGUGUUUCGUCAGAAAGGUGACCAGAAGUUUAUCGAAAUGCUUAAUGACAUGAGAAGUGGACUCGUUACACCAGAAUCUGAAAUGGAAUUUAUGCGCCUCUCAAGACCCCUCACUUGUCCAGCUGGAAUAGUUCCUGCCGAGUUGUACGCAACUAGAAGUGAAGUUGAUCAUGCAAACAACCUUCAGCUUUCGCGUCUACCAGGAGAUGCCUAUCUCCAUGAGGCAAUCGACACUGGCGAGCUCCCACCAAAGAUCAAGUCUGCGAUGCUCUCCAACUUUUUGGCUCCUCCAAGGUUGCAUUUGAAAGUGGGAGCUCAGGUUAUGUGCAUUAAGAACUUUGACGAAGAUCUAAUCAAUGGCUCGAUUGGUAAAGUCGUGGAUUUCCUUGACCGUGAUGUUUACAUGGGUUACGAAGUAAUGAAGGAAAACAAUACCAUGACUCAUGAAGAGUUCAAGAAAAAACUUUUGAAGAAGAAUGUUGCUUUUCCACCCACGCCUCAGAAGGCUUCUGCUCGAAGUGACGACUCUGAUGUGAAGCUCGAACAAGGAGAGGUGAAGGAAGAGAGUAAAGUACAUGAGCAAAAAUUGGAGGUAAAGAAAGAGACAAUACUCGACAAUGUGUUCGACUUCUUCCAAGAUGAAAAUGACUCAUCAGUUAAGCAAGAGGAUUCAAGUGCUGCGGCAGAUGAAUCGAGGGAUGAAUCGAAGGAUGAAUCUGGAUUGGCAUCAUCGCCCUUAAGUCCGUUUGAAGAGAACAGACGCCGAAAGCUUGCUCUCAUGAGACGUCUCGAAGAGCUGUCGAAGAAAACCAAAUACCCCUUGGUGAGGUUUACCUGCGCGGACAACGUCACUACAAAGGAUGUACUUAUUGAGCCUGAAAGAUGGGAUCAUUUGAACGAGAAGGGCGAGGUUUUGGUUGCACGCACACAGCUUCCAUUGAUGUUGGCAUGGGCUUUGUCCAUACACAAAUCGCAAGGCCUUACGCUCUCGCACGUCAGAGUCAAUCUCAAUAGGAUUUUCGAAUACGGACAAGCCUAUGUGGCUCUUUCAAGAGCGGUUUCUCGAGACUCUCUUCAGGUGGUGAAUUUCCGGAGGGACAGGAUCAGGUCUAGUAUGCUUGUGGAUGAUUUUUACAAGAGUCUUACGACGGCGAACGAGCAUAGAAAACGCACCUAG